GACUCCUCCCACCUCAUCACUCUGUCUCCUUUUCUGAAAGGACGUCUUAGUGGCUGCUCUGACACAGGAGACACAACAUGAUCAUCUUAUUCCUGAUCAUUCAUUUCAACAUCUUUCUGGUGUCAGGUUCCUCUCCUGGUAAAAAGGUCACCCAGACUCCAGCUCACGUUUACAUCAAACCAGGAGAGAAAACAGCCACACUCAACUGUAGACAUGAAAUUUCAGGCUAUUAUGUUAUCCUCUGGUACAAACAGUCAGACGGACAGAUGCAGCUCUUGGGAUAUGUGUCCUUCACGGAACCAACCCUUGAGAAAGACUUGAAAAUGAAGGUGAAGAUCGAAGGGGAUGCAAAUGAAAACAAGACCUGCACAUUAACAAUUGAAGAAGCCGACCUGAACAGCAGUGCAGUGUAUUUCUGUGCUGCUAGUCUCCACAGUGCUGCAUGUCACCACUCAUCAGUACAAAAACCUGCUCUCCACAUUUUAUCAUCUCUGUCGGCUCACAGCCGCCCUCACACCUGCAACAAGCCUCUUCAUUUAAGGGCCUCUGUCGGCAAAGAGGUCAACCAGGAUCCAUCUGAUGUGAUCAAGAGACCGGGUGAACCGGCAGUAUUUAACUGCCAACACAAAAUUAGUGGCUAUAACCGAAUCCUCUGGUACAAACAGUUGGAAGACGGACAGAUGCAGUUCCUGGGAUACAUGGUUGGAGAUCAAGCAUCUCCUGAAGACAAAGACAAAGUAGUGAUGGAGACUUCUGAGGUCCAGAUCUCCUGCAAACACAACGACAACAACCUUGAACUGAUGCUCUGGAUGAAGAGCUGUCACAGAAAUAGCAGCAGUGAGCUGGUGGUGUUGGAGCCGAGCUGCACAGCUGCUCUCUCAGGCUCACAGAGAUGGAGGCUGAGAUACGGCGGAGCAGGGAAACAAACUGGCAAAAAGAAACCUGAACAUCAUGAAGCUCAUCCUGCACGUUUAAACCUUCUUCAUCCUCUGGAUUAUCACUCCGUCUCAACGCACACAUUCUGCAGAGUUUGGGGACUUUUUGGUGAAGGAGGUUUUCAAUGUGACACUGGAACUGAAGCUUACUUUGGAAAGGGAACUAAACUCACAGUUCUGGAAAAGGAACAUGUGGUCACUCCACCGAAUGUCACAGUCUUCCCUCCUUCAAAAAAGGAGUGUGAAGACAAGACAGACCAGAAAAAGAAGACGAUAAAGAAGACGAUCGUCUGUGUGGCCAGUGGAUUCUACCCGGACCAUGUCACCUUCUCCUGGUUUUUAAACUCUGAAGGAGUCAGCUCAGGUGUGGCCACUGACAGCAGCGCUGUGAUAGAGCCACAGGGAAACAAGACCUACAGUAUCAGCAGCAGGCUGAGUGUCUCUGCUGACAAGUGGUACAAAAUGGAGAAUGAGUUCAUCUGCACCGUCAGCUUCUUUGACGGGACAGAAUGGAUCAAUGAAACUGCUUCCGUCUUCGGGGAAGAAGGCAAAGUCAGAGGGCAUUACCUGAAGGUCACACAGAGCGCCAAACUCUGCUACACCGUCCUCAUCGUCAAGAGCUGUUUGUACGGAGGCUUCGUGGCUCUGCUGCUGCUGAAGCUUAAGUCUGCAGCGGGAAAACGGAAGAGCUGAGAGCUGAUCAAACAUCUGUGGAGGAGGACUGAUCAUGUCGGAGUCUGUAGAUAAAAUAUCUCCACAACUUCAUCUCUGAGUGUCA